CAUGGCGCCAGGGAUGGUUAAUCGGACAGAGGGGUCCCAGGACCAAACUGAUAACAACUUGACUGCGACCAUCACUCAGAACCCACUGCAGCAGGAAAAGCCUGAUGUAGCUCCACUGACCGCAGUGACCUUCCCAAUGCCAUGGAGGAGGCGAGGGGCCAUUGCCAGAGGAAUACAAUAAAUCUUCCCAAGACCUAAAAGCAUAGUUGUAAUGGCACAAAUAUCAGAAACAGACCAGAUAAAACAGUUUAAAGAAUUUCUGGGUACAUACAAUAAAUUGACUGAGCACUGCUUUAUGGACUGUGUGAAGGACUUCACAACCAGGGAUGUAAAAACAGAAGAGGUGACCUGUUCAGAACAUUGUCUGCAGAAAUAUCUGAAGAUGACCCAAAGAAUAUCAAUGCGCUUUCAGGAAUAUCAUAUUCAACAAAAUGAAGCUUUAGCAGCUAAAGCAGGACUGAUUAGCCAACCUAGAAUAUAAAAGUGGACCAACUGAAUGGCAGGGCACAAAUGAAUCAUAAAACAUUGCUGCACUGGUGGACAAAUGGCCACAUUUUUCAUGUCCAAAACACUGGUGCCUAUUAAGAUACAACUAAAAUGAACAUUCUUGGAAUCAAGAAGAGGUGGAUGGAAACAGGAAUUCAUUAUGUCUAAUGGACCAACACUUCUCGUUUAUUUUGAAAGUGAAUGGUACACCUUUUCAAUUGUUUGUAAACUUAAGUCUACAGUAAUCACAGCAUUUAAAGUUCACAAUGAUGGAAUAAACUUUGUUGGAGCUGAA